CUAAUUGCGGUGUGAUUAGGUUAAUUAGCACCGGGAUCUCUCUCGUUUCUCGCGGCGGUGGCGGAACGGUCACUUCUCUUCUUCACCCGACGCAACAAUCCCAUCGCUGGUGGCGAUUUCGCGAAUCCACCUCGUUUAAAAAGGCAAAGUCUAGCCUAGCUUUCCUCCCUCUUGCUCGCCGGCUGCGGAGAAGGGGUUCGAGUGAGAUAGAAUCCGGAGGAGGAGGAGGAGGAGAUUGCGGCGGCCGGACGGCGGCGGAUCGGUUGAUUGAUUGAUUGGUUGGUUGGUUGGUUGGGUUGAUCGAUGGCGUUCUUGGGGAACGGCUACUGCUCGUCGGGGUCGGAGGGGGAGGACGAGGACGAGGGGAUGGAGGGGUACCGGAAGGGAGGGUACCACGCCGCCAGGCCCGGCGACCGCUUCGCCGGCGGGAGGUUCGUCGCGCAGCGGAAGCUCGGCUGGGGGAACUUCUCCACCGUCUGGCUCGCGUACGACACCCUCCUCAACAGAUUUGUCGCGCUCAAGAUCCAGAAAAGCGCGAGGGAUUACGCACAGGCGGCACUCCACGAGAUUGAGUUGCUGUCGGCGAUAGCCAAAGGUGACCCGACAAAUUCCAAGAAUGUUGUGCAAUUGCUGGACCAUUUCAAGCAUGCUGGUCCAAACGGACAUCACGUUUGCCUGGUCACCGAGUUCCUCGGUGAUAGCUUGCUAAGGUUGAUACGGUACAACCGGAAUAAGGGCAUUGGUCUGAGCGGAGUCAAGGAAAUCUGCCGAUCAGUGUUGGUCGGUCUUGAUUACUUGCACAGAGAGCUCGGCAUCAUCCACACGGAUUUGAAGCCGGAGAAUGUUCUUCUUGUAUCGACAAUAAACCCAUCGAAGGACCCAGUGCGCUCUGGGUUCACACCGAUUCUUGAGAGAACUGUGAGCAACCAGUACAGCGGAUCAGUAAUUAGUUUCAGUGAGAAGAUGCUUAAGAUGCGGGCAAGACGCGCUGUCGCCAAGAUUUCACUGAGGAGGGAGUCUCUUGGUGGAGUUGCAGCAGAGAUGGAGAAGGAGAGAAGCCUGGAUGGUAUUAGCUUGAAGUGCAAGAUUGUUGAUUUUGGGAAUGCCUGCUGGGGUAGUCAGCAGCUUGCUGGUGAAAUUCAGACAAGGCAGUACAGAGCUCCUGAGGUGAUCAUUGGUGCUGGGUACUCAUAUUCUGCUGAUAUGUGGUCAUUUGCUUGCAUGGCCUUUGAGCUUGCAACCGGUGAAGUGCUGUUUGCUCCCAAGACUUGCCAGGGCUGUAGUGAAGAUGAGGAUCACUUGGCUCUGAUGAUGGAAACCCUUGGAAAGAUGCCUAAGAAGAUUGCUAGCUCAGGUACUCGUUCAAAGGAUUACUUUGAUCGGCAUGGAGAUUUAAAGAGGAUCAGAAGGCUGAAGUUCUGGCCUCUAGAACGUCUACUUGUUCAGAGAUACAAUUUCACUGAACCUGAUGCCCAAGGUUUAGCUGAUUUUCUUCGUCCAAUUCUAGAUUUUACUCCUGAAAACAGACCCACAGCUGCAGCUUGCUUGAAGAAUCCAUGGCUUAACUGAUUCGACGAUACGGUGACUUUUGAAGCCUAACAAGUAGAAUCUUAUACAAGCUAUGUUGACUAUCAAUUACUCUGUUUGACUGAGAAUGCAGAGAAUUAUGGCCUUGGUUCUUUGCCUUCUGCAAGCUUUCUGCUAGCUUGGAGAGCUUGGUUUUUCUGAUGCAGCUCAGUUUUCAUAGAGCAAACAGUAGACACCCUCAUUAUCUGGAUAUUGAUAGCAAAGAUGUUGGGGGUAUCAUCAGAGUGAUUCUUGAGCUCAAGUUUCCUUUUUCUUUUAUGAAAUGCUUGACCAUCAUCAUGUAUCUGGAUGUAGUAGCAGAAUUUCCAUUAGUGUGUUUUGGGUGUGGAGCUAGUGAAAUGCUAAUUAACGUCAGCAUGUGCGCUGGCCUGAAUUCUGUCGGCUGUGCCUCGUGUUGAUGUAAAGAUAAAUAUUUGCUAAUGUGAUCUGGGCCAUCUGGCA